AUGGAUUCCACAGGAGUACCAAAGUCUGUGGCCCCUGCUGCAUCCUCUACCCCUGUGCCUGAGAGUGUGACAACAAACCAGUCUCUUGCACAAGUUUCCAACCUGGCUCCUUUUUCCAGAGUUAAGUCAGCACCUUCCCUGUCAACCGGUUCUCUUUCUUCUACCAAGCCUGUCAGGCGAACCUUUGCCUCCGUGGCCAAGCGGGUGAUUAUAGAGGAACGUCUCAGGAAAGCAGAGGAAGAUGAAGCCCUAGAGGAUGAAGAUGAAGAACCAGAGGAAGAUCUGUCAGUUGAUCAGAUAGUGGAGAAGGCCAAAGCUGGUGAUGCCCGAGCUCAAACCCGGCUUGGUCAGCACUAUUUGAUCCUUGCUCAAGAGAAAGACGCGGAUGAGAAUAAUAUUUUGGCUGUUAACUGGCUGAUAAAAGCGGCAAAGCAGGGACGGAAAGGAGCCAGCCGACUUCUCCAGCGUUGCUGGAUCCAGAGAAAAGGAAUUACUCCAGAGAAUGAGGAAGAUGUCCGCAAGUUGGCUACGGAGAGCAAGUUUGAGCAAGCCGUGCGUAAAGCCGCCAUGAUGAUGUACUGGAAGCUCAAUCCAGAGAGGAAGAAGAAGGUGGCGGUGGCCGAGCUCCUGGGAAACAUCGGCCAGGUCAACACGGUACAGGGUGGCGCUCCAUCCAAGGUUCCAGUACCGACUUCAGGUCAGACCCAGAAGGUGUUGGAAAGUAUGGUCAGCAAUGAGGCUGGUCAGAUGGUGGACCUGGACGGUUUUGUGGAGAUGACAAAAAACUAUGCUCAGGGAAUCACUGCACCUCCCGCCAAAAGCAAUGAGUCGAUGACAGACAAGACAGAGUGUGCUGCCGGCAGUCCUGAAAGUGGAAAAGAGGUGACCUCUGGUGGUAAGAAGCACCACAAGAGUUCUUGGGGCUUUGGGGGGACCGGGAUGAUGCUGGAUACAAAGCAAACAGGAGCCAUCAAGAAAGCCAUGGCGAUGAAAUCGCGCUUCAUGUACCUGCAGUACCCAAUGCACACUGUUGUCGAGAUUAAGGAGCACCUGGUGGACUGGGCCUCCCGGGCUGGAGUCCAGUGGCUGAGCACCAUCAUCCCUACCCAGCACGUCAACGCUCUCAUCUUCUUCUUCAUCAUCAGUAACCUGACGGUGGAUUUGUUUGCCUUCAUCAUCCCGCUCCUGGUCUUCUAUCUCUCCUUCAUCUCCAUGAUUAUUUGCACCCUGCGCAUUUUUAAAAGCAGCAAGAGCUGGGAGAACUUCAGCGCGCUGACAUCCCUGUUGACUCAUUUUGAACCCGGACUGGACGUGGAGCAGGCAGAGACCAACUUUGGCUGGAACAACCUGGAGCCCUACAUCUAUUUCAUCGUCUCAGUCUUCUUUGUCAUUUUCUCCUUCCCUGUGGCUGAUAGAGGAUGGAUUCCCUGCUCAGAGCUUUCUACUGUGGCCAUUUUCUUCACUGCUAUCAGCUACCACAGUCUCAGCCCCACUGCCGCCACAUAUGCACGGCGGGCGAUGGUGAUAGAGGUUGCGUCGUCUCUGUGUGGCCUGACACAGUUUCUUCCAGAAAACAUGACUGUGCUUUAUAAUCUGGGACGCACCUUCGCCACUCUGCCACUAGGGGACUCAGUGGAGCUGAAGCUCAGCCUUCCCUGCCUGCUCUAUGUUUAUCUCAUCUUCCUGUUCUUCAGCAUGGCCCGGAUGCGUGGUUUCCGGGGGACUUACUGCUUCUUGGUGCCGUACCUGGUGUGUUUCAUGUGGUGCGAGUUCUCCGUGGUCCUCCUGCAGCAUUCCUCUGCUGUGGGUCUGAUCCGCACCUGCGUGGCCUACUUCCUCUUCCUGUUUGCUCUCCCCGUUCUGGCCUUCGGACUCGCCACCAUGCUCUUCAUCCAGGUCUUCAAAUGGUUCCUGGAGCUGGAACUGACCAAAGUGAUCGUGACCCUGGUGAUAUGUGCGAUCCCCGUCACUCUGCGCCUGUGGACUCGCUUCAGCAUGUCUAUUCUGGACGUCUUCCGCUCCAUCACACACCGUGGGCCGGUGAAGCUCAUUCUGCUCUGUAUCUCCAUGGUGAUUCUUCUUUUCUCUGUCUAUGUUUAUCAUGCUGAGGGACAGAAGGUCUACAACUCCACUCUGACCUGGAACCAGUACAGUAGUGCAUGCGGGCCAUCAGCGUGGCAAAGUAAAGGCAUGGCCCAAACUCAGAUCAUCUGCAGCCACCUGCAUGGACACAGAGUGACCUGGACCGGACGCUUCAAACAUGCCAGUGUGGUGGAAACAGAGAACGGCGCCCAGUCAGUCAUUAACAUGUUGCCGGUGUUUAUGGCAGACUGGCUGCGCUGUCUCUACGGCGAGACCUACCCGAAAUGUGACCAGAGAAACAUCUCAGUGGCAAACCUGACGGCCCCCGGUUCUGAAGCAGUCGUCUCUUUGCCUUUGCUGCUUCGUAUGCAAGAAGAGGAAGAGUUGUGUCAGAUCAAGGCGCUGGCUAAACACAGCUGCCACGUGAAGCGUUUUGACAGCUACCGGUUUCAAGUGACAGUCGGUUUGAUCAGCCAUUCGAGUGUGGAGGCGGAAGAUCCAGCCAAGGACAUCAUCCUGAUGGCCAGUCACGAGUUCCGACAGGUCUUACUAAACCUCAAACCUGGUAAUCUUGUGGAGUUUAGCACAAAACUUGAAGGUAAACUGGGAGCCAAAUCUCCCGCUUUCGAACUGAAGGCCAUCCACUGCCUCGACUGUGAGUCUUCUCCGCUGACUGGAGGCCGCCAGGUGAAGAUCGAGAGAAACUGGAGAAGAACUACAAUGAGAGCUCUGAAGUUUGCCUUUGAUUUUUUCUUUGCGCCCUUCCUGUCGGCAAAGAUCACCGGCUGA